UGACGUCAUUAUCCUGCACUUGUGAUAUGCGAACGACCAUCUGGACCAGUGCUCUCUCUUGCGUAUCCAGCUGUGCCCUUCGCCCCAUUACCGCAUACCGACUGCCCUGGGCACCCCAAAAAAACUUUCGCUUGUUCCGAAGCACUACUACUCUUGCCACCCAAAAGCUCUCUCCUCUCCUCUCGUCACUGAGCACUUCGCCUCCAGCCAUGUCAGACUCCAGCAACAAGUACGACGUCGUGGUGUUCGGAGCGACGUCCUUCGCAGGACAGCUCGUGUGCGAGUACUACCUCGCGAACUACGGGGCUUCGCCCCCGACCUUCAAGUGGGCGGUGGCAGCACGAUCCGAAUCGAAGCUUACGGCACUCAAGGAACGCCUAGCGUCCGAGAUCGAUUCCGCUGCCUCGACCCUGCCCACCAUUGUAGCCGAUAGCCUGGACGACGAGGCGGUCGGGGGUAUGGUAUCGCAGGCCAAGGUCAUCAUCACCACGGUAGGCCCGUACGCCCGCUACGGCAGCAAGCUGGUUGCGGCGUGCUCCGCGGCCGGGGUGCACUACUGCGACCUUACGGGGGAAUCGCUCUGGGUGAGGGGCUUGAUCGAAAAGCAUCACGAGGAGGCCGAGCGGACCGGCGCGAAGAUCGUUCCGUCCUGCGGCUUCGACUCUAUCCCGGCGGACGUGGGAACGCUCAUGAUGGUGGAUUACAUGAGGCGGACCCAUGGCUUGAGCCCUGACGACGUCCGCUACUUCUUCAGCGCCUCCAAAGGCGGCGUCAGGCAACUCUCCGGAGGCACCAUCGCGAGCGUUCUGGAUAUUUUCGAGCAAGUCUGGUCCGGGGGAAAGGCGAUCACCAGCAAGCUGGCCGACCCGCUGCUGCUGACGGCGACGCCCGGCUUCGGAAAGGCUGCAGACCCCGGCGGACUCGGCUACGAUUCCAUGGCGAAAUCAUGGACAGCGUCGAGCGUGUUCGCCAGCCACGACUCCAAGAUCGUGUUCCGCAGCGCAGGCCUGCUGGGCUACCCGGAGACCUUCCGGUACAAGGAGGUCAGGGGCUUCAAGGGGCUGCUCAAGGGUUGCUUCCCGGCCGUCUUCUCGACCAUCGCUACUGGCAUCGGGGGCUUCUUGAUGUUCAUACCGGUGACGCGCAACUUCAUCGCCAAGAAGUUCCUCCCGGCCCCGGGAGAGGGUCCGUCGAAGGAGGUGAGGGACAGUGGGUACUUCUGGAUCGACUUCCUCGCCAGCGGGCGAUCGGAAGACGGCAAGGACGUGGUCUGCCGCGGCAAGGUCGGCAGCGACAAGGGCGACUGUGGCUACAAGGAGACCGCCAAGAUGCUUGCCGAGUGUGGUCUCUGUUUGGCCCUGGACGACCUGGAGUAUAAGAAGGGCGGCGUUUUAACGACAGCCUCGGCCAUGGGAAUGCCCCUCGUCGAUAGGUUGAAUAAGGCGGGGAUGAUGUUCAAGAUUUUAGACGAAUAACAUGCGACGUUGCUUCAUUGUUUUUGUCUUGACUGAUGCAAACUGCACAUGACUUGGAUGAUAGCCCGGGCUGGCAACUCGUUACUUAGCGUUGCAAAGAAGAUAGGUGGAAAAUAUAUAUUCGCGUUUGUUCGAAGAAAUCAAUUUCCCGGAGAAUGUUUUGUUUUCACGUUUUGCCACCCGUGUACGCUGUGUUGAAAGGAAGCACACACGGCUUUUCUUUCUCGUCAGACUGUCGGCUUACCUUUGUUCUUGUCCUGCUGGAUUUUUGUGUUGUUGGUCUCCUUCUUGUGUCUAUUUCACUUUUUGUUGCAGAACAUCCUGGCUUCUUUCCGUACCGAUCGUCGUUGACCGUACAUCGGGGUUGCACGUAGCUAUAUGGUUUGUUGCGGGCCUCAGCCUGUUGACCAAGUCACGCACUCCUUUUUGAGAUGGAGAAGCACCUCCUUUCUUGUUCCUGGCAAGAGACACCACCUGGAGGCCCUCUACAGCAACGUACACGAUGCAACUUGCAUCGAAAGUGAGCGCUCUGCAUCUUCCGUCCGUUUGGGUCCGUGGCCACCUACUAUUUAUCCCCUGAAGAGCGAUCGUUUUGAUAGAGGGGGGGGUACGUAUCCACUCCAGAGAAAAGAGAGAAAAGGUGCCCGCAGUU